AUGCUGAACUCGGUGCUGGCCGGCCGCGCCGCCCGCAGCGGCAUCACGCACCCGCCAGCCCGGCUGCAGCUGCCGCUGCCGCGCGAGGGGUUCAUGUGCGACCAGUGCGGCGACAGGUUUGUGCUGCCCUCGAGUCUGGCGCUGCACCAAUCACGCCGCACUAUGGAGAUCGCCUUCAGGUGUGCCGACUGCAGCAAGACCUGCCUCUUCGACAACAAGUGCCGCUUUCUGGAGCACCUGGACCUGCACAGCGUCGACCCGCAGUCGCUGAGCCCCGAGUCUGUGGACAUUUCGGCGCUGACCCCGGCCGACCUGAGCUCGCCCGUGCGGCUCAUCCCGGCCACGGGCAGCCGCCUCCUCACCGGGCCGCCCCGCAUGGUCAAGAUGGGCCACGUCGAGAAGGUGGAGAAGCCGGCCGGUGUCAGCUGUCCCAUGUGCAACACGCUGUGCAGCACGACCUCACUGCCGGCGCACAUGUGCCCGCCUUCGGGCGCCGACGCGCUGGAGUCGGUGCCGCCCCGCUGCCCGGAGUGUGCGCAGCCCUGCCCCUCGGACUGCGCGCUGAUGGCUCACCACGGCCUGCACAAGCCCAACCUGUGGCCCUACCCGUACGUCUGUCCCGAGUGCUCGGUCAAGGUGCUCGGCACACACGAGGAGUACCGGCGCCACGUGGUGGCCGGCUGCCUGCAUCUGACGCGGGACCUCAAGACCUGCUGCGCCAUCUGCCUGAUCGAGGUCGGCGACGUCAAGUCGCACAUGCUGCAGACGCACGUGCAGAAGCUGUACAAGUGCCGCAAGUGCCCGCUCGCUUUCGAGUCCAUCAACGGCUUCAACAGCCACGUCAAGGGCAAACACGGCGGACAGCCGAUGCUGGGCGAUACGCCCUACAUGCCGAUCCUCAAGUGUCCGUUCUGCGCGGCCACGUUCAACCACCCGAAGACGCUGCGUGAGCACCUGGCGUCGAAGAAGCACGGCGACCGGGCGCUGGAGCAGGUGCGCUUCGUCUUCCGCUGCCCCGAGUGCGAGGUGGACUACGGCCGUAAGGAGCUGCUGUCCGACCACCUGGCGCAGAAGCACCCCGACUUUCAGAUUGCCGCCAUGGACGUGCCGGCCGCCGUGGUCGAGACCGGCCGCAAGGUGGCGGUGUACGUGUGCGUGGUGUGCCAGCUCGAACACCGGCGCAAGUCGGCGUACGCGGAGCACGCGCGCGUCCACCUGAACGACGGUGUGCCGCUCUGCCUGCUCUGCAACGCCCGGUUCGACACGCACGAGGUGCUCAAGAACCACAUCGCCGAGCACGCGUGCGAGAUCGGCCGCGACCGCUGCGGCCUCUGCUACGUGAAGCUGGGCAGCCGCGACGCGCUGCAGGUGCACCUCGAGGACGAGCACAACCUGCGCAACUUCACGUGCCCACACUGCCAGCUCAAGUUCGUGCGGCUGAACGACCUGCACCGACACAACUUCAUCAAGCACCGCAGCGGCGCAAAGAGCCGGCCGGCGCGGCCGCUGUCGACCGACGACGACGAGGAGGACGACGACUUGCCGUUGAGCGAGCUGAGCGCCCGUAAGCCGGUGGGCGAGACGGGCGGACGGAAGCCGCGGCGCGGCGGCGGCACGCUGCCGGGCGUCACCAGCCUGUACGAGCUGGACAGCGAGACGUCGUCGGUGCUGAGCGACGGCGACGAGACGGAGGUGCGCGCCGACUUCGUGGCGCACGUACAGCUGCACCGGCAGGGCAGCCAGCACCAGUGCCCCGAGUGCGGCCAGUGCUACUCCACCAAGCCGUCGCUGCUGAAGCACCUGCUGCUUGUGCACCGACUGCGCGAGCCGCCGCCGGAGGUGGCUGAGGCCGAGCGGCAGCACGAGCUGGUGCAGUGGGAGCAGCUGACGCGCGACCUCGAGCCUGGCCAGUGUCACGACGGCCGGCCGGAGACGCUCGAGGACAUCGCCAGCUUCGUGGCCGGCGGCCGGCCGGCCGACGAUGAGGACGAGGACGAGGUGAUCGAGCUGGAAAUGAAGGAGGGCGAGAUCACGCAGAAGCAGCUACGCAAGGGUGUGCCGUUGGUGCGUGAUGAGAGCAGCGACGACGAGGAUGUGGCCGAGCUGGCCGAGCCGGGCGCCAACGGCGAGCAGCGGUCUGGCGACGAGGCAUUUGCAAACCCGUGA